AAGAUUUAUGAUGCCCUCCCCCAUUCCCUGACUUUAAAUAAAAAGUCCAGAGAUAUAUGUUUCAUUUUUGUUUUCAAACUCCUUGCACCAAGCAAGACCUGUUAAUUAUAUGUUGCUGUGAUAUAGAAAUCAUCUGACAGAUUUUGAAGAAGACUGAAAUAGAACCUAACAGGUGUACACAUACCAGGGAUAAACGGAUCGAGUGGUGGUUUGUCUUCCUUAUUUAGAGAAAAUGAACAGCCAAUACUUUCGUCAUGAGGUACUUGCUUGUGAAACUGGUGGGCUGAAAAACUUCUGGGAAAAGACAAUUGAGAAGCAAACUCAGCAUCUUGAGGUUGAAAGAGAACGUAAACAAAAAAGUGCACUGACCAAACUCAGAAAUGAAUGGACAGAAAUGCUGGAAAAAAGAUUAAAGAUGAUAAAAGCGGAUAACGAAAACAAAGAAGCCCCUAAUUGAGGAUAACAUCACACAGCUUUACAUAUUUGACUGAAAGUUCUGACUUAAAGCUUAGAUUACACAGACAAAGGUUGGGCAGAAGCAAAACUAUAGCAUCUGAUGUGCAUUCUUUUAGAGAAACUUCACUGCAUUUAUCUUUGAAAGUGACAUAAUUAUUACUCUAUCGGAUCUUCUCGUUUAGCUGUUAGAAUCUCUGUUGUUUCUCAGAGAGCUUUCUUAUAGGAAUUCACCAAUGGUCUCAACUGCCAAUUGUUGAAAUUGUAGACCUGGGGGCCAGAUUCUGCUUUAUAAUGUUGUAUAUUGCCUCAGAUGCUUUUUGGAAGAGAGGCAAAUCAAUCAACAUAAAUAUCUCAUUUGCUUUUGGGGAUCCUUUUGAGGAUAGUCAUUUCACAACUUGUCAUUAAAAGUAAAUAAAUAUCAAUGUAUGAAAUUA